CUUAACAAAACACAAGUUUUACAUCUUGUUCUCUGGAUAUCAAUAUUGUUCCAAUAAGUAUUAAAUUCUCUUAUCUUAAAGGUUACAAUCCAAAGAUAUGUCAAAGACUUCAUUCAAGCUAACCUUUUUAUUCGUCAUUCUUGCCAUAGAAGCUUGUCAUGGUGUUUCACCCUCACGUAAACCAAUUACAGAGGCAGGUGAUCAAUGUUUUUUUGACGAAGAUUGCAUUAAAUACCUCCCCUCUUUGAAUUGUGAAGGAGCAUCAGCAAAAUGUGGUAUUGAUUAUAAUGGGAAACGAAAAUGUUUCUGUUAUUACGGAAUGAAAGAGCCAGGUAUUUCACCCUCACGAAUACCAAUUACAGAGGCAGGUGAUCAAUGCUUUACUGAUAAUGAUUGCAUUAAAUACCUUCCUUCUUUGCAUUGUGAAGGAGGAGCAUCAGCAAAAUGUGGUAUUGAUUAUAGUGGGAAGCGAAAAUGUUUUUGUUAUUACGGAAUGAAAGAGCCAGGCCUUUCAUCUUCAAGGUUAACAACAAUUCGAUGUGUUACAAACAACGAUUGUCUUUUCCAUCUUCCUAAUAUUAACUGUCAUAGAGCAUCAUUACCUAUCUGUCAGCAGGGUGCAUGUUAUUGUAAACUUUAAAAAUAAGAAUCUCUUGUGCAUGGAAAAUAAUAAAACAUUUUUAAACAAAUGUGUUUUAAUGUAAUAAUUAUAAGGGGCUCCAAUAGGAAUACUUUAAAUAAUAGUGUGAAAAAGUGAAGGAUAAAAUAUAGGUGCUUCUUAUUUAUUUUUGUGCAAGAUU